AUGCGAUUCGCAGAUAUCGCAGUGAACCUCGCGGAUCCAAUGUUUACGGGAUCAUACCACAAUAAACAGCGGCACGUAUCGGACUUACCGCAGAUGAUCAAACGAGCAAAGGAUAAAGGUGUAGAGAGGAUAUUGAUCACUGGGACUAGUUUGGGGGAUAGUAAAGAUGCGCUCAAGUUGGCCAAGGAGUAUGACUUUCAUUGUACAGCUGGAUGUCAUCCAACUUCAACAUCCGAAAUACCCAACCACCCUUCGGGUUUCGAAGGGUAUCUAAGCGAUUUGCGAAAUCUUAUCUCAGAAGAUAGGGGUCAAGGAGGAUCCAAGAGGAUAAUAUCAAUAGGAGAGAUCGGUCUAGAUUAUGAUCGUUUGCAUCAUUCAUCUCGAGAAACUCAACUUGAACACUUACCUUCCCUCCUUAAACUAUCAGAGGAAUUCAGGUUACCUUUAUUUCUACAUUCUAGAACUUCCGAAUCCCAUGUAGAUCUAGUACGGACUUUGAAACAUAUAGGGUGGAGUACAAAGUGGGGAGGGGGAGUGGUACAUUCUUUUACAGGUACUGAAAAUGAAAUGAAGGAAUUGGUGAAUAUGGGUUUGUAUAUAGGUAUAAAUGGCUGUUCAUUAAAGAUUAAAGAGAAUAUAGAAGUAGUCAAGCAAAUCCCAUUAGACAGAUUAUUAUUGGAGACUGACGCUCCAUGGUGUUCGAUAACCUCAUCUCACGAAUCACACAAGUACCUCCCACACACCGAUUCAGGGUGCUUUAUCGAAAGAGUCAAUAAACCAGAUAAAUGGAAAGAUGGAAUGGGCGUGAAAGGGAGACAAGAACCUGCUGAUAUCGUAAUCAUUGCUAACAUAGUAUCUAAAAUCAUGGAUAUACCUCUCGAGCAAUUGUCUCAGCAGGUUUGGCAGAAUACGAUCAAACUGUUUUAUCCUUCCGAAUUGAUUUGA